CAUCGCAGCCUGUUCUUGUCAUGUUUUCAGAGCAACGGCGGUGUUUUGGUUUUUUAUUUCCCCCACCCGGCUGGAGUGUAAAGGAGACAUCACGGCGCGUCAACGGCAACGAAACCCACGCGUGAGGAUGCUUAAAUCGCCGCGGAGAUAGACGAGCGGGGGACCAACAACAGUUCAAAGUGUUUGCUCAAAUGCCCCCCAGUCGGCAAGAAUAGCCCUACAGUUUCCCCAACAUCACACCACAUCCAUGUUGACUGCGGCAGCCUGCUCUCUGAGUCCGCGGCUACAAACGCCACAAUCCCUUUGUUCGUCCGUGGACGAGAUCCGGCUGAAGUGUAGCGGCUCGUGGAAGGACCGUCGUAUGUUCCCGUGUACAUCCCCGGUUCGGUUUGAAGGAUUGUUUACGCAUUAAAAUGGCUGCUGAAAUGGCAUUUGGAAGAGAAUCAAUGCCGUAACGUUACAUUACCCAGCAGAGGCCAAACUGCAAAUAAGCUAACAAAAUAAGCUAACAAGUCAUGUAUUAGCUCGCGCUGGACGAGUUAGCCGCUCCGGUAGCUUUAAUCGAUGUUUUUAGGAAGCUUCUUCCAACGAGAGGUAGGGUGAAGGGAAUUCCUCCCACUCCAAGUCUAUGCAUGCGGUUAACCGAGCAGCUUUUAUAAACACUUAGCUAACAAUUUCAUAGCUGUUUUUUUCCCUCCUCCAAAGCUUUGUACAGCAGGCUUUAGCUGAGCUGAGUAUGCACCGCACUCAACCAAUAUGCAGGACUUCUUUGUUAUAACGGAAACAUCCUGAGUAUAGCCCAGGCUUUCUCCCAAAGUAGACCUCAAGGCCCCGGUCCUUUCACUCGGAUUGGUCCGACCCUGGAGAGAGGGGGAAAAAAAAAAAACAUGGAUCCUGGGGGGAAAUGCAGAGCUAAACUCUUUCUUUUCGGGCCCAGAUUAGCCAUCCACGGCGAUCUGCGGGGCAUCAACAGAUACUUGGCGGUGUACGUUUUGUUUUACUUCGUGCUGUUCACUCACGCCUCUCCGGCCAAACCGUGUGACAAGAACUGUCUCUCUGGAAAAUGCAUCAACGGAUCCUGCAUCUGCGACCGAGGAUGGGUCGGAGAUCAGUGCCAGCAUUGCCAAGGGCGCUUCAAGUUGACAGAACCCUCAGGAUACCUCACCGACGGUCCAAUCAACUACAAGUACAAAACAAAGUGCACCUGGCUCAUCGAGGGCUAUCCAAAUGCGGUUCUCCGGCUAAGAUUUAACCACUUUGCCACAGAAUGCAGUUGGGACCACAUGUACGUCUAUGAUGGAGACUCGAUAUACGCUCCUCUGGUGGCUGUUUUCAGCGGUCUCAUCGUGCCAGAGAUACGAGGUAAUGAGACAGUUCCUGAGGUUGAGACAACUUCAGGCUACGCACUACUACACUUUUUCAGCGACGCUGCCUAUAACCUGACAGGAUUUGAAAUAUUUUACUCGAUCAACUCUUGUCCUAAUAACUGCUCCGGCCAUGGGAAGUGCACCCCUGGGAACUCGGCUGCCAGCAGAGUGUACUGUGAAUGUGACAAGUACUGGAAAGGCGAGGCCUGUGACAUCCCUUACUGCAGGAACAACUGCGGCAGCCCCGACCACGGCUACUGCGACCUCACCGGGGAGAAGCUGUGUGUCUGCAAUGACAGCUGGCAAGGCCCAGACUGCUCUUUAACUGUACCUUCAACUGAGUCCUUCUGGGUCCUACCGAGUGUCAAGCCCUUUGGCACAUCGCUGGCCAGAGCUUCCCAUAAGGCCGUGGUGCAGGAAAAGGUCAUGUGGGUUGUGGGCGGAUACACCUUCAACUACAGCUCUUUCCAGAUGAUCCUUAACUACAACCUGGAGAGUGGCAUUUGGAACACAGUUCCCAUCAAUAGUGGACCUGUGCCAAGAUACGGCCACUCAAUCGCCGCCUACCAGGAUGACAUCUAUAUGUUUGGAGGGAAACUGGAGGCUGGCUGGGGAAAUGUGACAGACGAGCUGUGGGUGUUCAACGUGCCCAGUCGGACGUGGCAGCGGAGAAACCCUGUGGUCGGCCCACCGGCCCAGGCUCAGAUUUAUGCUGUGGAGGGACAUUCAGCUCACUGCGUCCAGCUGGAGAGCGGGGAAACAAUCAUGCUGGUUAUCUUUGGCUACUCUCCCAUCUACAGCUACAUCAGCAACGUUCAGGAGUACAACCUGAGGUCCAACGCAUGGUUGGUGCCUGAGACCAAAGGAGCCAUUCCCCAGGGAGGCUACGGCCACAGCAGCACGUACGACAGCCCCAGCGGCAGCGUCUAUGUGCAUGGUGGCUAUAAAGCGCUGCCUGCCAACAAAUACGGCCUUGUUGAUGACCUCUACCGAUAUGACGUGAACACGCGGACAUGGUUCAUUCUGAGGGAAAGCGGCUUUCCACGGUACCUGCAUUCAGCUGUGCUCCUCAGUGGCACUCUGCUCUUCUUUGGUGGCAACACACAUAAUGACACAUCACUCAGCAACGGGGCCAAGUGUUUCUCUGCUGACUUCCUCGCCUACGACAUUGCCUGUGAUGAGUGGAGGCUCCUGCCAAAGCCAGACCUGCACCGGGACGUCAACCGCUUCGGUCACUCUGCUGUCGUUAGCAAUGGGUCCAUGUAUGUGUUCGGGGGCUUCUCCAGCGUCCUGCUCAACGACGUACUUGUUUACCGACCUCCCAGCUGCCAGGCCUUCAUGACAGAGGAGGGCUGCGCCAAAGCUGGGCCAGGGGUCCGCUGCAUCUGGAGCAGAGGCCGCUGUCUCCCCUGGGAACCCAGCAUGGCUCACGGCAGCCUGACUCCUGCCCCGUUCUGCCCCCCAAAAGCUGUCACAGUGGACGAGUGGUGUUACCGGUUCUCGGACUGUGCCAGCUGCACAGCAAACACCAAUGGAUGCCAGUGGUGUGACGACAAGAAGUGCAUCUCCGCCUCCAGCAACUGCACCUCUAACGUGAAGAACUUCACCGAGUGUCCGGUGCGGAAUGAGCAGGUGUGCAGCAAGCUUGCCAACUGCAAGAGCUGCUCGCUGAAUCUCAACUGUCAGUGGGACCAGAAUCACUCACAGUGCCACGCUUUGCCCGCCCAGCAGUGCAGUGAAGGUUGGAGCCAGGUGGGCGAGGCCUGCCUGAGGAUCAACUCCAGCCGCGAGAGCUACGACAAUGCCCAACACUACUGCAAGAACCUCAACGGCAACAUCGCCUCGCUCACCACCUCCAAACAAGUGGACUUUGUGCUGGAGGAGCUCAAGAAACUCCAGCAACAAGACAAGCGCCUGUCUCCCUGGGUGGGGCUGAGGAAGAUCAACGUGUCUUACUGGGGUUGGGAGGACAUGUCACCUUUCACCAACAGCAGUCUGCGCUGGCUGCCCGGCGAGCCCAGCGACUCUGGUUUCUGCGCGUACCUGGAGGAGCCUCUGGUGUCGGGCCUGAGAGCCAACCCAUGCACUGCUACUGCCCACGGCCUCAUCUGUGAAAAAGCUACCGGAAACCCCAAUCAGAGCACCCGUCCGUCUUGUAAGAAGCCUUGCUCGCUGCACACCAACUGUGCCAACUGUACCAGCCAGGCCAUGGAGUGCAUGUGGUGCGGCAGUGCGCAGCGCUGCGUCGACUCCACUGCCUAUGUCAUCUCUUUUCCCUACGGCCAGUGUCUGGAGUGGCAGACUGCAGAUUGCGUGGCCCAGAACUGUUCAGGCCUGCGGACAUGUUCCCAAUGCUUGGAGCAACCCGAGUGCGGCUGGUGUGGAGAUCCCAGCUGUACAGGGAAGGGCCUGUGCAUGGAAGGUUCAUAUCGGGGGCCAAUGAAGAGGCUGGUGAAGCAGGGCCAGCAGGGCCAGCAGGGCCAGUCCCAUGACAUGAGCUUAGAGCCCGGCAGCUGCCCCAAAGACAAGGGCUACGAGUGGGCCUUCAUUCACUGCCCUGCGUGCCAGUGCAACGGCCACAGCACGUGUGUGAACGGCAGCGUGUGCGAGCAGUGCCGUAACCUCACCACCGGUCCCCACUGCGAGACCUGCAUGCCCGGUUACCAUGGAGACCCGACCAAUGGUGGCAAAUGCCAGGCCUGUAAGUGUAAUGGCCAUGCAAGUGUGUGCCAGGUGUUAACUGGCAAGUGCUUCUGCACCACCAAGGGGAUCAAAGGAGACCAGUGCCAGCUAUGUGACUCAGAAAACCGUUACCUUGGCAAUCCACUCAGAGGAACCUGUUACUAUAAUCUCCUGAUUGACUACCAGUUCACCUUCAGUCUCAUCCAAGAAGACGAUAAUCACUACACUGCCAUAAACUUCAUGGCUUCUCCCGAGCAGGCAAACAAGAACCUGGACAUGUCCAUCAAUGCAUCCAACAACUUCAACCUCAACAUCACGUGGUCGGUGGGAUCAACAGCUGGAACCAUCUCCGGAGAGGAGGUGCCCAUUGUGUCCAAAACCAACAUCAAGGAGUACAGAGACAGCUUCUCCUGCGAGAAGUUCACCUUCAGAAGCAACCCCAACAUUACUUUUUACGUCUACGUCAGUAACUUCUCGUGGCCCAUCAAGAUCCAGAUUGCCUUCUCUCAGCACAACAGCAUCAUGGACCUCGUCCAAUUCUUUGUGACAUUUUUCAGUUGCUUUCUGUCGCUGCUCCUGGUGGCGGCGGUGGUGUGGAAGAUCAAACAGACGUGCUGGGCUUCACGGCGGCGAGAGCAACUGAUGAGAGAGCGCCAGCAGAUGGCCAGUCGUCCGUUUGCCUCGGUUGCUGUUUCGCUGGAUGCCAGAGGAGAGCUGACAGAAGUUUUGCAGCCUGUGGUUGAUGGUGUCCCCAAACCUGUUGCAAUGGAGCCAUGUUCAGGAGGGAAAGCGGCUGUGUUGACCGUCCUCAUGCGUCUGCCCUCUGGGCCCUCAGGCUUACCUCCACCUGGACAGUCAGGUCUCAUCGUUGCCAGUGCGCUGAUAGACAUUUCACAGCAGAAACCGUCAGAUUUUAAGGACAAGUCCCAGGGUUUAAAGAACCGAAAAGCCCUCCCUCCGGCACACCAAGGCACCUGCGUCUGAGUCUCGACCGCUCGAUCUCUUGGGGUCCCAUCCGAGGUGCUCCAGCGUGUCGCCGUUGGACGCCCUUUCAGAGACAUGAACAUGACUACAUGUAGAAGAUUUCAUCCGGCUGCUAGCGCUCAAGUUUUCACGUUCCAAGAGCACAACCUCCGUUACCUUUCCUGCCUCGUUUUUUUGUUUCCCCCCUCCUCUUCUCUGCAAACCUCAAUCUCCAACUUGUGUACAAACCUCCCUUGCGGGGCCCGAACUCCCUCAGCUUGGCCAGUCAUCAUGGCAAAGUUAAGUGUCUGUAUGAGGUGGACACCUGCCGGAUCAGUGGCUGGUAGAGUGACAGAUUACUAAGGAGGAUCUGAACCUAUUGAAGCUUAUGUGACACCAUCCAUUUGCACAGCAUGAGGGGAAAGCAAAGGUGUCUGUAUAUUCAAACUGAUUUCCCUCAAACGGAGCGGACGAUUGAAAGCGGCUGGUAGAUCUCCAGCGCGUGCUGCCUCUACGGUUUUUGACCUUCUUUUUGCUUGCCAACAAGUGUUAUUCUAUGGUGCUAAAGCAUUUAUUUUUUAUGACGAGCUUGACUCAGCCUUUGCUGUAUGGACUGAAUUCAUUCUGCCUUUUGUUUUUUUUUUCGUUGUGAAGGAAGCUACGCGCACAGACUCGUCGUCGACACCCCACAAGAGUUUCAAUACCACUUUGUUAGCUCCCAUUAAAGCUCCGUUUCUCCUGUACAUACGUAUCAUCCACCCAGCUGAAGCUAAAGUCUGUAUUUUCUGUAGAAUACAUGUACAAACGCUGCAGAGACGUGACUGCUUACCGGCGUGGGCGAGGACCACGGAACCGGAGGAACAAAAUCAUCCAUCAUCAAGCUAAAGCAUGGACAUCUCCCAAACCCUACAGAAAAGUUCGAUUAGCAAACUGGAAGUUUCAUUUGUUGCUGGUUUUUUUUUUUCCAGUGUGUUGAGGAAGUAACAUAACGCAGAAAAAACACUGAAGCUCUGGUCGACUCUUUACUGUAAUUUUUGCUGUUGCAACGCGGACGUUUCUGAACUCGCCCUUGGAUUGAUGACAUUUAGGAGAAAAGACCGUCUGCUUCAUCAAAUUAGCCCAGGGACGUCCUGCUCCCUCCUCUGGCUGUUUACUACUUUGUUUUCUAAGUUUUUUUUUUAAAGCCGUUCUCUGAAGCUACGACUUUAUUUCGAGUACAAGAGGUUUCAUGACCUUUUUUUUUUUUUUUAUACCGCCUUGGCUUUCCAUGAGCUCCACGAGGGCGACGUGUCGAUCGGCAGAAUUUUCAAAGCUGUACAGUGUCUUGUUGGAACAAAUGUGAGUCUUUGUCACUCUUAUCUCUUGAGGUUUCAUGUGUUUUGUCAGGUUUUUACGACAGAAUGGCGAAAGAUUAUCCUUUAUUUUAGGCCUUGUCACCUGAUACUAUUAUAUCUAUGAUAAAACUGUCUUUUGCUACACUUGUGAAAAGAGCAUUUCUGUUGAUAAUUUGUUUUGAUAUUUAACAGAUUCCUGUGUAAUAGCACAUUUAACUUGAUUUUAUCGUCGACUUCAAUCGGUUGUGUUGAACUCUUUUUUCCGAAUCGUGCAUCUUUGAGGACUCUACGGGCAUUGUCUUGCUUUUUUGUCGCAAAAGUGGUCAUUCUGAUGCAUUUCACGAGAAUGGUGUGCCAGCCGGCUAAUGUGUUUUUACGUUUGUGUUGGGAGAGGAAUCCUAUGAGGGUGUCAUUACACAGGAAUCGGGGUCUCAAUGUACCGUGAAAAAAAAAAAAAGAUGAGAAACUGCAUAUCAGUAAUCUUCAGUGUAUUUUAAAGAUGGACAACAUGCCAGAAAAUAAAAAAAAUACAAAAAAAAAAAAAACACAGACCUGGAACGCUUUUGUGCCAUCAAGUCUUUUUAUAUAUGCUGCUGGAAAAAGAAAUAAGAUAAAGAUGUUGCUUAAAAA